AUGCCUAACCAAAUUUGUCAAGCUUUUCCUCCCGCGCCAAAAUUUACAGAGGCAUCAGUCCCCGACCUCAUAUCAAAAGUUUACAUCGUCACUGGUGCCUCAGCAGGCGUGGGCAAAGAGCUUUCACGACUCUUGUAUAGCCGUAACGGCACGGUUUACGUUGCGGCGCGUUCAGCAGAAAAAGCCAACGCCGCGAUAGCUUGGAUCAAGGAGAGCCACCCAACUUCAACUGGUCAGCUGCAUUUCCUUCAGCUAGACCUGAAUGAUUUACGAGGAAUCAAGUCUUCUGCUGAGGAGUUUCUAAGCAAAGAAAUCAGACUAGAUGUGCUUUUCAAUAAUGCGGGCGUCAUGAUGCCCCCUCAGGGCAGCAAGACAGAGCAAGGAUAUGAAUUGCAACUGGGCACAAAUUGUGUAGCGCCUUUCUUAUUCACGAAGCUUCUUACUCCGAUUCUCGUGAGAACCGCCAUAUCAAGUCCGGCUGGGAGUGUGAGAGUGAUUUGGGUGUCCUCGAGCGCAGCGGAGGUGGUUGCACCGCGGGGUGGAGUUGAUUUGGACAACCUACAUUUCCACAAGGACCAGGAGGCAACAACAAAAUACCGCAUCAGUAAAGGAGGCAACGUAUUACAUGCGAUUGAAUACCAAAGACGAUAUAAGGGAGAGGGGGUGAUUAGCACGGCACUUCAUCCAGGCCUCCUUAAAUCAGAUUUGGGGCGACAUGCAGGGUCCUUGUUAAAUGUCAUGUCCAGGCCGUUCCAACAUGCACCGGUGUAUGGCGCCUACACGGAGCUUUUCGCAGGACUGGCACCUGAAGCUAGGAACCCCAAGGAGGGAGAGUGGGUCAUCCCCUGGGGGAGAAUCGCAGAGAUCCGGAAGGACUUUGUGACCGAAGGCAAGGCAGGCCCUUUCUGGGAGUGGAGCGAGAAGCAGGUAGAGAUGUAUGCAUAG